AUGGCCAGGACAUAUUACACAGCACGAGCAUGCUUCUCCACACUUCACAAGCCUCCAAGGGCCGUGUUAGGAGGCAACGCUGCCCCUUUCGCUGAUGAUAUCAAAGGCUGCGUUGGAGUUGAUGUUGAUGACAAUUAGGUCAGAUUUCUUCUUUCAAAAAUAUAGGAUAAGGAUAUAACUGAGCUUAUUGCUGCUGGAUGGGAGAAGUUGGCAUCAGUGCCUUUUGGUGGUGGUGUUGCUAUUGCAGCCAUUGCAGCUAUUGGUGACAGUGGUGGUGUUGCCUCUGCUCUAGCUGUUGCAGCUGAGGCAAAGAAAGAGGAGAAGAUGGAGGAGAAAGAGGAGUUAGAUGAUGAUAUGGGCUUUAGUCUCUUCGACUAA